CAUCCGCGCUCACUGCUCUCUGGCUGGCUUGCCGGGCAGCUCGCCUGCUAGCCUGCUCGCCCGCUGGCCCGCGCUCCCGCGCUCGCCAGGCCCUUUCUGUCCAGGCGUUUCGGCGGCGGCCUCGAGGAUGAAGUGCAAGCCGAACCAGACGCGCACCUACGACCCCGAGGGCUUCAAGAAGCGUGCGGCUUGCCUGUGUUUCCGCAGCGAGCGCGAGGACGAGGUGCUGCUGGUGAGCAGCAGCCGGUACCCGGACCGCUGGAUCGUGCCGGGCGGGGGCAUGGAGCCCGAGGAGGAGCCGGGCGGCGCGGCCGUGCGAGAGGUGUACGAGGAGGCAGGCGUCAAAGGGAAGUUGGGUCGUCUGCUGGGCGUCUUCGAGCAGAACCAAGAUCGCAAGCACAGGACCUACGUGUACGUCCUGACCGUCACCGAGCUGCUGGAAGACUGGGAAGAUUCGCUCAGCAUCGGGAGGAAGCGACAGUGGUUCAAGAUCGACGAUGCCAUCAGGGUCCUCCAGUGCCACAAGCCGGUGCAUGCUGAGUACCUGGAGAAACUGAAGCUGGGCGGCUCCCCCACCGAUGGCAACUCGGGCGCCCCGCCGCCGCUGCAGCCGCCGCUGCCGCUGGAGAGCGCUCCCUAAUGAACAGUAAAGAAGCUCAAGAUUACUCUGAAUGAAUCAUUGUUGUGAAUCCAGUGCUCAACAGAAUUGUCAAGAAUAAAUGAGCACUUCUAAUGUUCCUGAGGAGACAGUUCAUCUGAUUUUCCUCCUACAUCUCGAGACAGACACUCUUUCCCUGUCUAUUCCACCGACUCCUCCUGCUCUGAUUGCUACACAAUUGCACAUGAACAGUACCUAUAGCCAGGCUUUUGUUGUGCUUUUUUGAUGUGCCUGCCUUUUUCAUUACACUGUGUCUCUGAGAACAAAGACUAUUUUUCCUUACACUUUGCAGAUCCUACACAUGAGAUAGUACUUGAAAUAUGGUUGGCAUCACUAAAGGUCUUUGAUUCAGUUAAUAUUUUGAAAUCCCUCUGUGACAAAACAUUCCCCUCCUAAUCUGGUGCUAGUAGAGUACAUCCUGUCUAAGUAUCAUGUGUGUGGCUUUUGUCUAUCAGAUGUUUCACAAACAUUUCAAGACAGUUGUAAGAUGUUCAAAGACAAGAAUUAUUGCUCACAUUUCUAUGUCAUACUAUACAGUAGCUGGCACACUUUCAAGAUUAUGCCAUCAAUUAGGGCAAUGUUUUAUAGAAUCAGUUCAUGUAAUAUUUUAGAGUUUUUGUACUGUUGUUAACUUGCUUAAAAUUUUAUUCAAAAAAUCCUUUGCUAUAAAGAUAACUAAAAAUAAAUACAAUGAACACAGAAAAUAUUGUGAUUUUAUAAAGUAAAUUUUAAAAUGAUAAUACAAAUAAUACAUUUAAAUUUUUGCAAUGACCUAACAACACUUAUUACACAUCAUCUUAACAUCUCUUUGAAGAAAAAUUGUUUUAGCUAUUUUAUAGAUUAAAUAUACUGUAUUAUUUGAUGUCAGAGCCAAGUAAGACUGCAAUAUAGGUAGUUUCCAAACUAAAUUAUACCAUUUAGCUCGCCUCUGUCACUGUUUCAGUUGGCCAUAUUGUUUAUCCUUUUCUCAGCACACUCAACUAGCUUCUUAUCCCAUCUAGUUUCUAGAGGGAUGAGAGUGGUGAAUUGUCACUUAGAACCAUUUGAGAAAAAGACAGCUGUAAGUGAAGGGAAAAAAUGAAAGAUUUAAAAAGAGAGGGAUUAGAUCAGCUGCUUCCAGGAGAAAAUUUUUGAGAAAACAAUAUUUAAGGAAAAUUUCAUAGGUUGCCAUGGGGUCUGUGAUGUCAGCACUUUUCCCUAGCUUCUUACAAAGGUUUCUGAAGUGGCUUUAACAUGGUAACUUCUAUUUCCUUUAACCCUGUAACACAGGUAACUCCAUUUUAGUAUUACACUCUUCCUCAUGGUACCAGUGAAAUGUAUUGAUUGUGUUCCCAAAUCUUAGAGAAUUUGAAAUAAAAACAUGUCUUUUUGA